AGAGAGAGGGAGGGAGGGAUUGGAGGACAGAGUUGCGAGGCAAACCAGGAUCACAUGAGCACAGAUCUGUUUACAAACUGAAACUGUGCGGCCAGGAAAGACGCAGGCGCCUUCCUGGAGAACAUUACUGGCUGGCUUGACUAGAGCACAUCUUUAACCCCCAGAUGCUUGCGUUUUGGCUCGGAUAUUUGUUGAAUGAGCUAAGGGACUGUUGGGUUUUUUGUCCACUUUCUUGAUGAAAGGAUUGAGGGAACAGAUGGUUUUAGGUGGAGAGAAAAAACACUCCCCCACACAGGCGCACACAUAAACACUCCAGUGGCUUGAUGGUGGUGAAGACACUGUUCUCUUCGAUCUCUAAACGGCUUUAUUCGAAAUAAAGGAAUAUAACGUUACCUAAAAAGAACCGAGAGCGACGUCAAGGAAGAGGAGCUAGAAAAAUCGACUGAGAGACAUGCCGAAGUCUUUUGCAGUAAGGGUUUGAGGGAAGCCAAAGGCUGUAGAUGGAGUGCUGUAUGUUCUGGAUGUUUAGUGCUCGCUAAACCACCAUCCGCAGGACUUGUUAUUAAGACAUUUGUUAACUUCUGUGUAUGACAACAGAGGAGAUCACAUCCGAAGUGCCACAUGCGGACUGGAUCUCAAAGACGAGAAGAAUAUCAAGGGCACAUUAUAUAUGCUCCCUUUGUCUGUGUAACAAAGCACCUUGUGCAUAUUCACAUCGGCGGAGCCACAGAGUGAUUGAAAUCUUUUGUUCUUCGAUGCUGACAUCAUAAAAGUGGGAUGAAUGGAGGCAUAAUUGAACUAUAAUCAAGACAGCACACCCUGUCAUUCGAAGAGCUGCUUUUUAGACCCGUCUGACCUACAGGAAGAACUUGUGUCCUCCUCCUCCAGCCCCCGCAUUGCCUGCCUGCUCCAGACGAGCACAUUAGUCACUGAAGUGGUAUUGCUGCUCAGGAUGUUGAAACCAGUUUGAAGAAGUCAAGGGGAACUAUUCGGAAAGGCUGCCUCUGUGGUCUAGGGCUGCAGCAUUCAGACUGUGAUAUGUCAGAGGAAGACAUCUACCGUCUGCCGCUCAACGUGUACGUCAUUGUACUGGGCAUAGGCAUGUUCAUCUUCAUGCUCAGUGUAAUCUUCUGCUGCUAUCUGUUCAGAUUGAAACAGCAAGGUACAAGGGAGCAGUACAGCUACAAUGAGGUGGUGUUGAAAGGCGCAGGAAAGAAGCUGAGCCUGCUGGGACAGCCCUGUGCCGUGUGUCUCGAGGAAUUCAAGACCAGAGAUGAGCUGGGCAUCUGCCCGUGUUCACACACCUUCCAUAAGAAGUGAGUUCCACUGAAACAAGUGUUUACUUAAUGGGGAAUGUCACAUUUACUGCAUGCCAAGACCUGCUUGGAAUAGCCAGCAGAAUUCCAUAGAAAACUCAUC